UCCUACCUUGUGCGUCACGUGGUCUAGCCCGUACAAAUAACUCCCAGCAAAGUUUUCCAGCGGAGAACUAAUCGGAGCUCUAUUAUAUCAGCAAUUAUCAGCGACGUUAACUAUCUUCAUCUUACAAAGAAGUGAAAGAGAGAGAGGCUUAGACCAUCCGGGAAGUAAGAUUUUUUUUCCCCUCGUAAACUUUUCCUCACAAAGGAUAUUUUGGACAUCUUUGUGGGAGCUUCAGUCACUUUCGUUGAGUCUAUCUGAGUGAACAAGUUUGCACAAAGCGCUGCUGAACCUGCUCCUCUGGAAAACAGACUUUAUCACCCAACCGUUCUUAUCUGGAACGGAUAUAUUUGCUUAUUAUCCCGCGAACUGGAUAACGAACGACUCAAGGUGUCCUAGGAGCUGCGUGAAAGCGUCUUUACGUGACCCAUUUUGUCCCAGGAGUCAAAACCCAUAUUCUUCCAAAUAGGACGAGUAUACGGUGUAAAAAUGUACCAAAGCCUUGCUAUGUCAUCCAACCAGUCCCCAUACGCACACGAUGCAGGGAACUAUAUGCACCCUUCGGCGAGUUCCCCAGUCUACGUGCCCACUACGAGGGUGCCUGCUAUGCUGCAAUCCAUGCCGUACUUGCAGACAUGCGAGUCCGCCCAUCAGUCUCACGGCCUCGGCGGGCAUCACGGCUGGUCUCAGUCUGGCACAGACAGUUCGUCUUUCAUUCCGGGCAGCCCCCAUCAUCCUCCCGGGUUCUCCUACUCUCACAGCCCGCCAGUAAGCAGCAAUAACGGCAGGGACACAGCUUACCAGAACCAGCUAGUGCUUAGUAACGGUGGUCGGGUUGACCACUAUGGCAGCACUUUAGUGCGGUCAGUUGGAGGAUCAUACUCAAGUCCCUACGCGUAUAUGAGCCCGGAGAUGGCGACCUCUUGGACACCUGGGCACUUUGAGAGCGGCAUGAUCAGUCUUCAGGGACGGCAAGGUUGCCUGUCUGGGAGAAGGUCCAGUUUAGACAUGUCAGAGGAGUUCCCAGGAGAGGGGCGCGAGUGCGUAAACUGCGGCUCCAUCUCCACUCCUCUGUGGCGGCGGGAUGGUACCGGGCACUACCUCUGCAAUGCCUGCGGACUGUACCACAAGAUGAACGGAAUCAACAGACCGCUGGUCAAACCCCAGAAACGCCUGACCACAUCUCGCCGGGUCGGCCUGUGCUGCACUAACUGCCACACCAGCACCACCACGCUGUGGCGUCGCAGUGCAGAGGGAGAGCCUGUCUGCAACGCCUGUGGCCUCUAUAUGAAACUACAUGGGAUACCCAGACCAAUGGCCAUGAAAAAGGAAAGCAUUCAGACAAGGAAACGGAAACCUAAGAUGCCGAAGUCCAAAACCUCAACAGGAGGGUCGUCAACAUCGGGCACCAACUCCCCGUUCUCCCUGUCUGUCUCAGAACAUGCCUCUACUAUAAAGAGUGAACCCAACAUGGUCCCCUCCCCCCACGCCAGACAGGCCGUAGCCUCUAUGUCCCAGGCUUCGUCACAUCUGGACAGUGCAGGAUCAGGACAUGUGGACAUCAAGUAUGAGGACUGCCCCUUCACUCCUGCGUCUAUCUCCACACAGAACUCCUGGUGUACUGCUCUGUCUCAGGCGUGAGCUGACUCGACCACAGUUCACUUGGACCAGGUCCCGGGCCUGGGCCUGGACCCAGCUUAGUUCACUGUGGAUGAUAUAGACUUGUGAAGAGAACUACCUGUUAUUGACUAACUCUUUUUUUUUCCGUGGAUGGAGGAACGGAAGGAAGCGACGGCAAUCAAGUGGAAUGUAUUUGUGGCUACUAUCAAUACUAUUUCUAGUUUUUGUUGUUGUUGUUGUUUUUUGUUGUUGUCAUUAUUGAUGUUGUCAUUAUCGAUAUCUUGCUGAGUUCACCAUUGUAGUUUUACAUGGUGUUUAAAGAAAUAACCAGAAAGAGUUCAAUAAGUUAUUACAGUGUUAAAGGAAUACUUCGGGAUUUUUCAAUAAAGCCCUUUAUCUACUGACCCAGAGUCAGAUGAAGCCCUUUAUCUGCUGACCCAGAGUCAGAUGAAGCCCUUUAUCUACUGACCCAGAGUCAGAUGAAGCCCUUUAUCUACUGACCUAGAGUCAGAUGAAGCCCUUUAUCUACUGAUCCAGACUCAGAUGAAUUUUUUGGAUACAAUUUGUAUGUCUCUACAUGCUAGCAGAUACCAUAGACUUCCAGUCAUUGCGCUAACGCUAAUUUGCAUUGGCUCGUGAAACAACCUCUAACUCUUCAUAAUGGACCUCUUCAUAAUGGAUAGAGAGCCAUAAAAAAUAGUAUUCAUGGGUUGUUGUUGUUGUCUUUAAUGUUGUUGUCUUUAAUGUUGUUGUCAUUAUUGAUGUUGUCAUUAUUGAUGUUGUCAUUAUUGUUGUUGUCAUUAUUGAUGUUGUCAUUAUCGAUAUCUUGCUGAGUUCACCAUUACAUGAAUACUGUUUUUUUAUGGCUCUCUGUCCAUUAUGAAGAUAGUUAGAGGUAGUUUCACGAGCCAAUGCAAAUUAGCGUUAGCGCAAUGACUGGAAGUCUAUGGUAUCUGCUAGCAUGUAGAGACAUACAAAUUGUAUCCACGAGUUGAUCUGACUCUGUGGAAAUAGAUAAAGAGCUUCAUUGCCAAAAUCCAGAAGUAUCCCUUUUUAAACACAAAACCGGAUGGACAAAAAAAGUGUUUUAUUACCUCUGAACUUGUUUCAUUACUGCCGUGUAGAUGGUUAACUUUCAUAGAAACAUUAUUUAUGUUGAGAUAAGAAUCAUCAUGAAACACCAAAGACAACAUGGCAAAUCCCAGAAGUCCCUUCCCUUCUCAGAAUGUUUUGUAUGUUCAAGGUAUGACCUCAAAACUAGGAAGUAUACAUUUACAUGUGUUUUGUAUGUAAUGAAUUACAUAUGUUGUUCAUUGAACAAACGGUGCAAAUAUAUUCAUUUCUAUUUUAUCAGAUAGGUUAAAAGUGGCUAAAUACUUUUUUAUUUUAUUUUUUAUUUUAGACAUCGCAACUGCGUACUGAAUCAGUUUUCUAUAUUUCCAAAACCACUGUUCUACUAGUUCUAAUGUUUUUACAAUGUUUUCGUCUGAUCAUGUAACGUGCAAUUACUUCAUUUUACAAAAAUGUAAGACAAAGAAAAAUAUACUUUUAUGUUAAUUAUUCUGAAUAUGUUAUUCAAAUUUUUAUUUGCUGUAUUGUUUUGGUUUUGUUGUUGAACUAUAAGGGAGUUUUUUUGUGUGUAUUUCAUAACGUACAAUUGUAAUGUUCAGGGACUUGAGUCUCAUUAUAUAUUUUAGCUGUUUCACCCAGGUCUGAUAGUCUCUCUGGUUUUACAAUGCUCUUUGAAAUCUGUUUAGUUUAAUAAACCGAUCAAAUUA